AUGGAAGUUGCUAAAACAUUCGAGGAAUGCGAUGAGGUUAACGACUGUAUCUGGUUUUUGAAAAAGGGGUUAGAGUCAUAUGAACAUCUCCAACAUCGUCAGCAAAACCGACGCAAAAGACGUCAGAACCGCACUACAAUCCAACCAGACAGCGACUUGAGUUCAAUAUCAGGAAGCGAUGAAGCUGAGGCUACUUCAGAUGAAGAGGGCCUUGUUGUUAUGCGGAAAAAGCAAGCACAAGUGGUGCGCAAUAUGGAAACUCGAGUCCAUGAGCGCAUUGAAGAAUUUAAGCGAAGAUAUCCGCAAUGGAAGAAGUCUUAUGACCCUAUCUUGAGGAAGUUGAAUCGCCGUCUAGAAAGAGUUGAAUAA